GGGCACGCUCAAUAAAGGGCGCUAGUGUCUGUCAAGUGUCACAGCCGUUCCCUGUCUCCUCAGUAUUGUGACUUAAAUCGGUGAUUUAAUUAGGAAUAACCGUAUUUUUUUCUAGAAUUUGUGCAAACUUUAAGCAAUAAUGACCGACAAGAAAGCGUAUCCCGUGGCACCGCAUCCACCAACAGGUUUUGUUCCGGCCCCAGCUCAACCUGCUACUUAUGGUGGUACGCUUGCAGGCGCAGCACCAUAUGGAGUAUUUCCAAAUCAACCCCAAUUAUAUGCAGCGCAAGGACCACCGCCGCCAACAUAUGAUCAGACUCUCACACAUCCCAUGAUGUAUCAACCAAUGUAUGGUCAAGGAUAUCCUGGUGGAUAUCUGGCAGGUUAUCCUACUGCGUAUGGUCCAUUGCAAUAUUAUCCACCAUUAGCUGCGGCUGCGGCAUAUUAUCCAGCAGCUGCCAUGCAACCUGCACCGGUUAGGCCCACGAUUAUGGUACCUAAUGGAUUCGAUGGUACUCGAUUCGAUGGUAUCUCACAGCCUGUUUUGCCACCACCACCACCGGGUGUUGCUGCGAAUGCUGCACAAUUAGCUGCAAUGGCGGGUCACAGUGUGGCCUUGUCGCAAAAGAAAGGCUCGUUCCUAGGAGGAGGAACGGAGGGCGGUUACACCUUUUGGUAAACCUCUAUAACUUUUGUGAAACACUAAGUCUAUCGAAGACAUUAUUGUCGAGAUGAUCCAUGUAGGCAAAUCUGAUUUGUGUUAGAGCUCUAAACUAUUUUCUCAUUGGGAGCAGCUAUGAACUUAGUAUACCAAUUACACGGACCGAUUGUAUGCAAUAAUCUUACGCGAAUAGAGAAAUACUUUAACAAGAAGCGAAUAACAUCAUUAAGUAUUAAUAUACGAAUAACGUGUUGUAAUUGUGAUCUCAGAGUAAUUGUCAACUAUCGAUCCGUGUACAGUAUAAAAAUAAUCGUAAAAUUAAUUAUAUAAUAAAAAAGGAAGACUCGUGCGAAAUUCGACAAAGGCAGAUCAAUGAGAUUUUUAAAAUUCACUAAAAACCGAACUCAUCAAGCUAAUAUUUUACGAAAUAAUGUUAGAUAAUUAUUUUUAUUUGCUAUAAAAAGUUAUCUGAACUUAUAUAAUGAAUGUUAAACAAGAUCCAAUGAUGCGUCGUUGGAAAAUCCGUGAAGCAAUCGAGCAAAAUAUUAAUGAUUUACUUUAACAUCCUUUACCUCUUAAACAAUAUUUAAUGAAGACGCACAUGUUAGCUAUGUGAAACACAUUAAAAAAUUUCCAAAUAUUUAAAAUAUCUCUUGACUCUAAUUUGCUCGAUUGCAGAAUUUAAUGGCACGUUUGCUCUGACGCACGAGAUAUUCCAAAUAUUUCUUUCUGUUUCUUUUUUUAUUUUUUUUUUUAUUUUAUUUCUUUCUUUUUUUUUUUUAUUUUUUAUUUAAAUAAGAAAGAAAAUCGCGUAAAGAGAGAGUAGGGAACACGGUGUUCUUCUUUUUAGAGUUAUCGAGUGAAUACGUGCACACAGCGGAUGCGAGUUGUCUCAUUCGCCUACAGGGAUCGAUAUUCAAAGUGUGUUCUAAGCCUUUUUUAAGCGCGACUUGGUUUCCUGCAAGGUUGGCAGGAGAGCAAAAGGGGGCUACUCGCAUGAUUUCCGUUAUUUUCCACGACCGGUUUUGUGAUCGUUCUCACUGGCGUUCUAUCUACGAACGACAGAGAGAUAUCGAUCGAUUUUGCAAAGUAGACUCGUCGUUACUUUGCAAAAAAUCGAUGAGUGGCCCUGAUGUGUUUAGGGAAAAAUACCUAAGUGAUAUAUAAGAGCGUAAAUAAACGGAAUGCGUGAGAAUCGUUCGUGAUUGUAAUCGGUGUGCUAUUAUGAUACUGAGUCUUUUAUUUCGCAUACUUUGUUUUUUGUUUUUCCUCCUUUUUUUUAUGAGGUACUAUUCUUUUCGAUCCUUCAUCGUUAUGUCGCGUAAAUAGUGUAAUCGAUUUUUGGAAUGUGUUACGACGAACGUUGCCCGAGGCUCGAGUGCCAAAAAAAAAGAGACGAUAACGAAGCGAUCGGAGAUUCUCGCGUGUUCGACAACUACAUAGAUACUUACUACUCUACGUAAAAGUACGCACUCUAUUCUUUAAAAUCAGUAGGAAGUCCCUUCCCUCUAGUUGUUUUCAUAUUUCUUUAUUAUUUUUUUUUUCUUUUUAAAGUUAUUAUUUAAUGAAAAACGAAAGUCUUGCCCGCGGCGCUCGGAUUUAUUCGCACUGGUCAAUAAAGCUAUUGUUGAAACAGUUACCAUGAAAAUAUAUAUAUAUAUAUAUAUAUACAUACAUAUAUAUAUAUAUAUAUAUAUACACGAGAUGAUUCAGAUCAUUCUCUAUACUCGAACAUUUUUCUUCGAUCAGGAUAAGGAAAAUGGUAACAUAAAAAUAUAAUAAGAAAAGGAAACAUAAGAAUUCUAUCUGUUAUCGACAAUCUUACUAUCUCUCUUUCUUUUUCUAUAAAUAUAUAUAUAUAUAUUUCUUUUUCUAUAAAUAUAAUACAUACAUACAUGCAUACAUACAUACAUUCAUACACAUAUGUAAUAAAUAACGUGGCAACUGCUUUCGACGAGAGCUCGCGAAGUUGUAACAGAUUAGUUGUCUCAGCAUUUCAAAGUACAAAUCGAACGCGCGUGGAUACAGACGAAAAAAUACCUAACGACGCGGUCAAGCUUCGAAGUCAGCCAUAUUAGGCGAGUCUCGCAAUUUAUUACGUCGGUAGCGACGCAGUGAAUUCGUACUGCCGAGAAUGUUAUAAUUAAAUGACGCAAAAUAGUUGAAAAAUUGACAAAACAAAAAGAAAAGAAAACAAAACGAGGAAAGAAACUCGCGCAAAAAAAAAUACAAAAAUAAAAAAAAUAAAAAAAAAAACAGAAAACCUUUAAGAGAUUAAUAACCUUUUUGGAUGAUACGUUUCUUUUUUGGGAAAAAGAUAGGCGAAAAAUUUUCAGAAGAUCCUAAAAACAAUGGCGGUCACGCAGCUACGAAACGACUGCUUUGCUCCGCGAUAAUAGCAUAUAGUAAACAGUGUGGGCCUGCAGAAAGGACUCCGCGUGUUCCAUUUGCAGGCACACCAUUAAACACGAUAUUAAUUAAGCAAUGAAGAUCGAAGGAGCUAAUUUACAAUCGGUGAUAGCUUAGGAUAGGACCAAGAGACGCAGUUCUAUUUAGACAUUUUUGAAAUCGGUAUUCCGGCAAACUUGACCAGUACUCUCAUUACGUUUCAGACUGGACUUUUACGAGAAUAGAUAUCGAAAGUGUGUUGUUUUAAACGUCGUGGAUUGUUUUCGUAUCGCUAACUUAAAAAAAUACAAAAACAAAAAAAAAUAAAAGAAAAGAA